AGAAAAAAGGGAGAUUGGGAAGGAAGGGAGGGGCCCUAGGAUCCAGUGGCAGCCCUGGGAGAGGGGGAAGGGUCCAGGGCGGGGAAACCAGAAGUAGGUCUGCAAACUCUGGAGAAGCAGAGUCACGGAUUGGAGGGAAAUUUCUGAAGCUUGUGAUGGAGGCCCGACUGUAGCAGGCCGGUGUGAGAGGAAUGGGGUCUUUUCCAUGGAGGAGCAUAUUGGGGCAGGGGGAAAGAGAAACCUGGAGGAUUCUGGGCAGGUUUGGUAAGGAAGGAACUAAAACUAGUCAAAUGACCCUCUUUCAGACUUAGAUCAGCCUUUCCAUAGUUCCUUAGCAGCAUCUGCCCCAAUUUCAGCUGAAGAUUCUGGGUCCCCAGGGACUGGAAGAGUCACAGUGCCUGCUUGGAAAGAAGAGGUAGCGACUUGCCCAAACCCAACCCCGGAGCGGAUGGUUACCUCACCCUCUCAGGCCUUGACCUUUUGAGCUCCAGGGCUGUUGUCAGAGCAAUAUGGAAAACCCAAGAGCCUCGUUACCUGGGGUUAGUGAGCUGGACUCACUGGGUGGCAGGGGGAGUGCUCCACUUCUACCUGGCAUGAUCUCUGGAUGGGAGAAAACCUCUGAGGAUCUAUCUAGUGCUCCGGAGUUGGGCUGCUCACAAACCAAGCUGUCUGUUUGUAUGGAGUGCCUGGAGAGUGUCUGCCAUGAGGGUGUCUGCCAUGAGUCUGUCGCUAACCAUGCUAACCAGGAAAGCUGACUGGUUGGGGAGAAGACACUAACCCUGAUCUGUUGGCUAGAGGAAGUGGAGGGGCCGUGGGAUGUGGAGAGCUGAGGGCUAAUUCCCGGAGAGCGGAACAGAGUGAGCUGCCGACAAACAGACGCAGGUCAAGGAGCCCUCACCUCCCAGAAUGACCAGUGCAGCCCCUGCUAAGAAACCCUACCGUAAGGCACCACCUGAGCAUCGGGAGUUGCGGCCGGAAGUUUCUGGAUCCCGGCUCGAGCAGGAGGGGCCCCUGACUGACGCAGAGAGGAUGAAGCUGUUGCAGCAGGAGAAUGAGGAGCUUCGCAGACGUCUGGCCUCAGCCACCAGGCGCACCGAGGCCCUUGAGCGUGAGCUGGAAAUCGGGCAGGAUUGUCUGGAGCUGGAGCUGGGCCAGAGCCGUGAGGAGCUGGACAAGUUUAAGGACAAGUUCCGUAGGCUGCAGAACAGCUACACAGCUUCCCAAAGGACCAACCAGGAGCUGGAGGACAAGCUGCACACGCUGAUUAAGAAGGCUGAGAUAGAUAGGAAGACACUGGAUUGGGAAAUUGUGGAGCUGACCAACAAACUGCUGGAUGCCAAGAACACCAUCAACAAGCUGGAGGAGCUCAAUGAGCGGUACCGGCUGGACUGCAAUCUAGCUGUGCAGCUGCUCAAAUGCAACAAAUCCCACUUCCGUAAUCAUAAGUUCGCUGAUCUGCCCUGUGAGUUACAGGACAUGGUUCGGAAACAUCUGCACAGUGAUCAAGAGGCUGCCAGCCCAAGCCCUGCCCCCAGCCUGGCACCAGGGGCUGUGGUACCCACCUCUAUCAUUGCUCGAGUGUUGGAGAAGCCAGAGUCUCUCCUGCUCAAUUCAGCCCAGUCAGGCAGUCCUGGGCGCCCUUUGGCUGAGGAUGUCUUUGUGCAUGUAGACAUGAGUGGGAGUGCCCUAGGUGACCCAGCUAGUCCCCCAGUCCCUGGAAGUCCAACCUCCCAACCCAAUGGGGAGUGCCACUCUCUGAGCACUGCUGGGGGCUCCCCAGAGGAGGAGCUGCCCCUGCCAGCCUUUGAAAAGCUGAGCCCCUACCCCACCCCAUCUCCACCACACCCACUAUAUCCUGGCCGCAAGGUAAUAGAGUUCUCUGAGGAUAAGGUUCGAAUCCCCCGAAACAGCCCCCUGCCCAACUGCACUUAUGCUACCCGCCAGGCCAUUUCCCUGAGCCUGGUAGAGGAGGGGAGUGAGCGGGCCCACCCCAGCCCAGUGCCCAGCAGCCCUGCCUCAGCCCAGGCCUCACCUCACCACCAGCCCACUCCAGCCCCCCCAUCACUCAGUGCCCCAACCAGCUCUGCCAGCUCUGAGGAGGACCUGCUGGCCAGCUGGCAGCGGGCAUUUGUGGACCGUACUCCACCACCGGCCACUGUGGCCCAGCGCACAGCCUUUGGACGUGAUGCACUCCUCGAGCUGCAGCAUCAUUUUGCUCUUAGUCCUACUGACAGAGAUGAGGAGGUUCUGGCACCUUCUUCCCCACCUGAGAGAGGGCUUUUGCUGCCAACAGAACCUGACUCUGGCCCUCCCAGGGAGGAGGAAGAGGAAGAGCUGAACCUGCCCAUCAGCCCUGAGGAAGAACAACAGAGCCUGCUGCCCAGUGAUAGUGGCACGGAGAAAGGGCCUGGCACUUCCCACAUGGAGGGCAGGGCCUGGGCACUCCCCAGCUCCAGUCGUCCCCAGCGCAGCCCUAAGAGGAUGGGGGUGCACCACCUGCACCGCAAGGACAGCCUGACCCAGGCCCAGGAGCAGGGCAACCUGCUCAACUAGGGUUCCUGCUUGCCUUCCUGUCACUGCUGCACUGGGACUGCAUGGAGGCCCCUACCCUUGCAGCUCAGGGUCCCCUACCCAGCCUACGCCCUUGAACUUUCCUCCCUCCAGGCCUGCACAGCUCUAUUCCCUGUGCUGGUAGGGCCAGGCAGUGGGACGUACCAGGCUUUUCAGCUGCAUUGACUGUGACUGGCACCAGUUUGCCUCAUGGAUUUUUCCCUUUUCUUUUUGGAAUAUUUAUUCUCCAAAGGUAACAUACAGCCGAGGCUUAAGACCUUUCUUCAAAUCAGCCCAGACCCAAUUGGGCUCUUCUGGGGAGCUGAGGGGUAUAUUACAUCAGUGUUCAUCCUCCAA